AAGUACCCAAUUUCCUUAGAAUUUCUUAGUGGUCUUAAUCUGCAUAUAUUCGAGCAUCGCGAAAGAAAAGUUGUGUGACAAUAUCAUUAAAUUUUUAACACGUUACACUUGUGACUUGUUACACUGCUGCGAUCUGCAUCUUUUUGAAUCUUUGAUGAUGUGUUAGCUUUCUUACUAAGAUACGCCUUUACUUAAUUGUUAAAAUAAUAGAUCUUUUUUUCGCUUUUAUAAAAAUCGUACGUUAUUUAUUAAAAUAAUCAUGGGAGAUGUUGAUGUGAUUAGUCUUCAACCGUUAAAUCAUAAUAAAGAGGAUAAUUUUAAUGCUUCACAACUGUCAACAGCAAGAUCUACUUCUGUUGGAAGAGGAAGCGGUGAUAGUGUAAAAGGUGCAGGUUCUGGGUUGAUUUCCUCAAAUUUGGGUAUAAAUUCAUCAACUUCCAAUACUUUAACUACUAUACCUCCAAAUGAUUCGGUGAUAACAAUAGAUCGUCCAAAUAAUACGGUGUCAAAUUUCUUAUCAGAAUUAGAUACGAAAAGUAAUGGUGAAUCACUUAAUAUUAGCUGGGAGGAUAUAUUUAAAAAUUUAAGUUAUAUAUUAGCUUGGUAUUUUUUUAGUACUGCGUUAUCAUUUUAUAAUAAGAAUUUAAUGGGAAAAGAAAAUUUCAAUUUAAAUUUACCUUUACUUAUAAGUGCAAUGCAUACUGGUAUGCAUUUUAUUAUUACUUCAAUUUUGAUGAAUGGUUAUUGUUCUUGUAUUUUUAAAAAACCCGAAGGUAAAUCCGUUUCUGUUCGUUCUUAUUUUACUCGUGUGGUUCCUUGUGCCAUAGCAUCAGCGUUGGAAAUAUGUAUGGCAAAUGCUUCUUUUGUAUUUAUCACUCUAAGUUUUUAUACUAUGAUAAAAUCUUCUACACCAAUAUGGGUAUUAGUGUUUGCGUUUAUAUUUGGAUUAGAACAACCAAGAUUGAUUCUUAUUUUUAUAAUAUCGAUUAUAAGUUUUGGGGUUAUCUUAACGGUUGCGGGAGAAACAAAAUUUAAUUUAACGGGAUUUCUUUUAGUAUUAGGAGCGGCAAUUGUAAGCGGAUUAAGAUGGUCAUUAACACAAAUGCUUUUACAAAAAGAAGAAGGAAUGAAUAAUCCAGUAGCAACAUUAUAUUACGUUUCACCAAUAAUGUUCAUUCUUAUGAUUAUAUUAUCCUUAAUAUUUGAAAACCCUUUAUUCAUAUUUAGAACUUCAAAACAUUUUGAAGAUGUUAAUACAGGGAUAGAAACUUUUUUAUUGAUGUUUUUGGGAGGAUUUUUAGCUUUUUGUAUGACUAUUGCUGAAUUUGCUCUCAUUAAAAAUACUAGUACUGUUACUUUAUCUGUUGCUGGUAUUAGUAAAGAAAUUCUUGUUAUUUCUUUGUCUGUACUAAUUUAUCAUGAUGUAUUAACUCCUAUAAAUCUGCUUGGGCUGGUUAUAUCCAUUUUUGGAAUUGCUGGAUACAAUUAUUAUAAAAUACGUAAAACUAGUGAGGAUAAGAAAGGUCGUUAUCAUGUUUUACCUUCUCAUAAAAAUGAAUCAUUGGAUUAACAAUCAAAGGAGGAAAUACUACAAAUAGAUUUAUUAAUUAGACAUUUAUUUUAUAAAUUGUUACCUUCAAUUUUAUGUAUACAUACAAU